AUGAGUGUGAAAACUGAUUUUCCCCCGAUUCGAGCAUGUCUCUUCGACAUGGAUGGCCUCCUGAUAAACACCGAAGACAUGUAUACCCUAUGCGCCAACCAUGUUCUCGCCACGUACAACCGACCUCCUCUCCCAUGGUCCAUCAAAGCCAAACUCAUGGGUGUUCCCGGUGGUUCCACUAGUUCUGUAUUCAUGGACUGGGCUCAACUUCCCAUCACAAAAGAACAAUACGCCUUAGAACAACGCGAACAGCAACGUCUCCAUUUUCCAGAAUGUAAAGCCUUACCAGGCGUUGAGAAAUUACUCAGGGAUUUGAGUACAGCACGUGAUGUGAAGGGUAAUAAAGUGCAUAUUGCAUUGGCGACGAGUAGUGAAAAGUAUAAUUUUGGAUUGAAGACGAGUAAAGAUGAGACGAGGAAGUUGCUUGAAGUUUUUCCGGAGGGGAGACGAGUUUUAGGUGAUGAUCCUAGGGUUGAGAAGGGGAGGGGAAAACCGGCGCCAGAUAUUUAUCUGUUGGCUUUGAAGUUAAUUAAUGAGAGCUUGGGAGAGAAUGAGAGACCCAUAAAACCGGAGGAGUGUCUUGUUUUUGAGGAUUCGGUGCCGGGGGUGGAGGCGGGUAGAAGAGCCGGGAUGAGAGUUGUUUGGGUUCCUCAUGAGGGAUUGGUAGCCGAGUAUAAAGGGCAGGAGGAAAUGAUAUUGGCUGGGAGGAUGGAUAUGAUGAUUGGGAAUGACGAACAACUGGGUGAUAUUGGUGACGGCUGGGGUCAGUUACUCCCUAGUUUGGAGAAUUUUCCAUAUGAGGCAUAUGGAAUCGUCAUUUCAUAG